AUGGCCAUCUUCCGCCUCCUCGCCGCGUCGGCUCCGGCGCCACGCCUGUCCGUCCUCACCUACAACGUCUUUUGCGGCCCUCCCACCCCGACGCCGCUGGCUGGCACGCUCGACGGCUCGGCGCGGCUGGCUGGCCAGAUCAGCAAGCUGCGGGAGCUGGCGCCAGACGUCAUCUGCCUUCAGGAGGUCGUCUCGGACGGCGUGCGGGAGCGGUACGCGCACGCGCUCUCCGACAUGUACGACGCAUCCUUCGUGCUCACUGCCGACGAGUUCCGCUGCCGCGCCGGGCGCAUGAUGCGGCUGGCGCUCGACCAUGUCGGCCCGCAGACCACGAUCGGCGGCUUCCUGCUCGGCUCGGUCCAGUCUGGCCUGAUGAUCCUGCACAAGCGGGCGACGCUGGAGCGGGACGGCCUCGCGACCGCCUUCCCCUUUGAGGACCAGGCGGGCGACCUGCUCAACCGUUUCCGGCCUCGCGGCGCCCUCGCCGUCCCGCUGCGGCUCCGGGGCGACGGCUCUCGGCUCCUCGUCGUCAACACGCACGCCAACGCGGAGAGCGGGGACCAACUCUUCGACCUCUCGCGGCUCCUCUCGGGCGCAGGCAUCAGCUCCAUCCCUUGCACCUCUGUGCACCGCAAGACGCAGCUUCAGCAGCUCUUCCUCGAGGCGAGCCGGCUGGCGGGGGCGCGCGGCGCGCGCGCGCUCCUUUGCGGCGACCUGAACAGCUCGCCCGAGCUCGGCACCCGCAACCCGCUAGUGAGGGAGGGCUGGCUUUCGCCGGGCGACGGCGCCGCCACGCGUCUCGACUACAUCUUCUGCGGCGAGGGCCACUGGCUGUCGGACCACUUCGGCGUCAUGACCACCUUUGAGGCUGCGCCGUUCGCGGCAGGCGAGGGUCGCCCCGCCCCUCUGGGCUGCCCCGCCACGGGCAGGUCGCCCGCCGCCACCGGCCAGCGCCUCGCUGGCCAGCGCAGCCUCCUCGAGGACACGCCCUUCUCCGCGUGA